AUGUCGUCCUUCAGCCCGACACAAAUCUUCGAGGAUGGAACCACGGAGGAGAAGGGAGAGAACGCCCGUCUCUCCGCCUUCGUGGGCGCGAUCGCGGUAGGCGAUCUCGUCAAGAGCACCCUUGGCCCUAAGGGUAUGGACAAGAUUCUGCAGUCUGCGUCGACCGGCGAGAUCAUGGUCACAAACGACGGUGCCACCAUCCUCAAGUCUAUUGCACUCGACAACGCAGCGGCGAAGGUGCUGGUGAAUAUUUCCAAGGUCCAGGAUGACGAGGUUGGCGAUGGCACUACAUCUGUUGCUGUCCUCGCCGCAGAGCUCCUCCGUGAAGCUGAGAAGCUGGUUGACAAGAAGAUCCACCCCCAAACCAUCAUAGAGGGUUACCGGAUAGCGAGCCAGGCCGCUCUCAAGGCCCUGAACGAGUCUGCCGUCGACCGCAGCAACAACCCCGAGGCGUUCAGAAAAGACCUGCAGGCCAUUGCCCGCACAACCCUCAGCUCCAAGGUCCUGGCCCAGGACCGCGACCAGUUCUCCAAGCUUGCGACCGACGCCGUUCUGAGACUGAAGAACUCUUCCGACUUGAGUCAUAUCCAGAUUAUCAAGAAGGCAGGUGGUAAGCUGAGCGAUUCCUAUCUCGACGAGGGUUUCAUCCUCGACAAGAAGAUCGGUGUCAACCAGCCCAAGCGUCUGGAGAAGGCCAAGAUCCUGGUGGCAAACACAUCGAUGGACACGGACAAGAUCAAGAUCUUUGGUGCCCGCGUCAAGGUAGGAUCGACCAGCAAGCUGGCCGACCUUGAGAAGGCAGAGAAGGAGAAGAUGAAGGCCAAGGUGGACAAGAUUAAGGCACACGGCAUCAACUGCUUCAUCAACAGACAACUCAUCUACAACUGGCCUGAGCAGCUUUUCACGGAUGCGGGCAUCAUGUCUAUCGAGCACGCCGACUUUGACGGCAUUGAGAGACUGGCGUUGGUCACGGGCGGUGAGAUUGCCUCCACUUUCGACCACCCCGAUCAGGUAAAGCUGGGUUCUUGCGAUGUGAUUGAGGAGGUUAUCAUUGGCGAAGACACUCUUAUCAAGUUCUCUGGCGUCGCCGCUGGUGAAGCUUGCACGAUUGUGUUGCGUGGUGCCACAGACCAGCUUCUGGACGAGGCGGAGCGCAGUCUUCACGACGCGCUUGCUGUCCUGUCACAGACGGUCAAGGAGCCGUGGACGACUCUGGGUGGUGGAUGCGCUGAGAUGGUUAUGGCUAAGGCUGUUGAGGGUGCCGCUACCCGUGUUGAGGGCAAGAAGCAGAUGGCCGUUAGCAGCUUCGCGGUGGCCCUGCGCCAGCUGCCAACCAUUCUGGCUGACAACGCCGGUCUCGACUCUGGCGAGCUUGUUGCCCGUUUGAGGAAGGCUAUUUACGACGGUAUGACGAACUAUGGUCUGGACCUUCUGACGCCUGGCGGCGGUAUCGCCGACAUGCGCGACCUGGGUGUUGUUGAGAGCUACAAGCUGAAGAGAGCCGUUGUUUCUUCUGCCAGCGAGGCAGCAGAGCUCCUUUUGCGUGUGGACGACAUCAUUCGGGCUGCCCCCAGAAGACGGGAGAGGGCUUAA